GACCAAGUACUGAGCUCAGUAAGUCAAGUAUCAGUGAAUCUGAAUGAGGCGACAGCAACCGAAACCAAGAAGUGUGGCCGAAUCCCGCACGAUCUUGGCAAUCCAAAGGAUGAACCUUGGCUACAUCCAAACGCAUACAGUCUAAGUGACACAGGCGAAUGGAAAGACCUGAAUUUAAAAUUUGUGUUGACCUGUUACAGAGAUUAUGAGAAAAUCGUUAAGGUUUAUAUAGACAAUGAAGAGCAGAAGGAGCGUUUGUUGAAGCGCUUCUAUGAUCUUUCAGUGGGUAUAGUAGCUGAUGGGUUAGUUUGGGAUGUGGAUGGUGAUGAUUUGAUCGAGAACAGUGGAUGUCCUGAUCAAACUUAUGAUCUUUGGACUAUGAGCGGAAGUAGUGCCUACUGCGGUGGUUUAUGGCUGUGUGCAUUGGAGUGUUUACGUCGUAUGGCUUCAGCACUUGGAAGGAGUGAAGACGCGAACUAUUACAACGCUAAAUUGAAGAAUGCUAAGAAAGCAUUCAAUGGAAAGUUAUGGAACGGUCGAUAUUUUGAUUUUGAUGAGUAUUCGGCUUGUCAUAAGUCGAUAAUGGCCGAUCAAUUGUGUGGAUUUUGGUUCAUGAGUGUUGUGGAUGGAUAUGUCGACGAGAGUAUUAUCAGCAGGGAGCAGGUUCUUACAUUCGAUACUUUCAUAUGGUCUCAGUCUGUAGAUAGCAAUCUGGAUGACUUGAAUAUCUCGCAAAUUCGAACAACAUUACAAACCAUUUAUGAGAAUAAUGUCAAACGUUUCGCAGAUGGUCGAAUGGGAGCAGUGAAUGCAAUGACAAUGGCUUCAUCGGAAAGAAUCACCUGCGGAAUGCUGAUAACGCACUGUUUGAUUACGAUCGAUGUGCAAUGCCUCGAAUAUACGGUAGCUUGCAGAGCAUCGGGUGACGUUGAUCGAACGAGCGUACAGAGUGAGGAAGUUUGGGGAGGAGUCGUUUACGCACUUGCAUCUUUGUAUAUUAUAACGGGGCAAAACGAGCCAGGCUUUAGAACAGCUGAAGGUUGGUAUCGUAGUUGUUGGGAGCGGUUCGGUUUACAAUACCAGACACCCGAAGCGAUUACUGCAUCGCCUGGUUAUUAUCGUGCGAUUGGUUAUAUGCGACCGCUUUCUGUUUGGGCUUUGCAGAGUGCUUUGGAUGUGAAGACUAAAGCGCAGCCUGCGAUCAGCAGUAAACUGCAAAAUCACACAUCUUAA